AUACAAUCCUUCUCCUAUUUUAUGUCUUCGCCGAUACUUACAACCACUCCCCAGCCUCCACAGCACAAGAAGAAGAAGAGGAAGAAGAAGAAGAGAAGAAGACAGCAGCAGCAGACUGUGCUGAAUACGAAGACAAAAUAGGAUAACGGAUAGCAGACAAGGAUGGAGAAGAGGGUGCUUCUCCCUCUUCUUCUCUUCGCGCUUCCACUCGCUUGUAGUGUUGCGUUUUAGUAUAAUGAAUAGAGCAUUCCACGUCUUCUUCCGGUUGGUAGAAGAAAAAUGGCUCUUUUAUCUCCUUUCGAUCAUCUUUAUUGUCAAGAAGAGAACCUGGAGUUGGAAGAAGUAGAAGAAGGGAUGGCACCUGUGCUGCCACUUCCAGAGUACUGCGAGACCGAACGCCAUGUCCUCUUGGGGGCGGAGGCUGAGGCUGAGGCAGAGGAGGAGUGGACAGAGGUGCUCUGUUCUCUCGUGGCGAAAGAAGGGGAGGCGCUGCCCAAGCUCGUCCCUGACGGUGGCGUCGGCUCCUACCUCCGGUCAGCGAGGAAGGAGGCGGUGGAGUGGGUCGCGCGCGCCGCCGCGCGCCACGCCUUCUCCGCCCUCACGGCUCUGCUUGCCGUGAACUACUUGGACCGGUGCUUCCUCUCCUGCGGCGCGGCGGACGGCGGGCUCCUUAGGCUCCAGGACGACAAGCCGUGGAUGGGGCGGAUCGUGGCCGUGGCGUGCCUCUCGCUGGCGGCGAAGGUGGAGGAGACGCGCCUUCCUCUCCUGCUCGACCUCCAGGUGCCUUUGCCACCAGAGGCGCCAACGGAGGAGGAGGGCGGGUACGUGUUCGAGCCCAAGACGAUCAGGCGGAUGGAGCUUCUGGUGCUCUCCGUUCUGGGCUGGAGGAUGAACCCCGUCACCCCCCUGUCUUUCAUCCACCACCUCCUCCCUCAGCUCUGCUCAAAGGCCAAAAUCGCCGACGCUGACUUUGCCGCCGUCGGCAUUGCCGCACGAACCCGGGCAUUGAUGAGAAGGUGUGAAGCGGCUCUUCUAUCGGUAAUAGCCGACAGGAGAUGGGUCCAGUAUCCGUCGUCGGUCUGGGCUGCGGCGGCGCUGCUCCAGGCGACGGGGUCCGGCGAUGGAGGCACCGCAGUGGUGAAAUCUCAAGAGGCCCACCGCCUCAUUUCCCUCCUCAACACCCCAAAGCACUCUUUAGGAAAAGGUGGGGGAAUGCUCUCAGCUACUUCUGGAAUCAGUGGGCACUGCCAUUGUUGGCCACAAGCGCAAGCAUUCGUCCUCCGCUUUCUACCAUCAUUCAUUGCCACCCAGUCCCAGUGGGGUGAUCGGAUCCUGCUUCAGCUGCGAGAGCUCAUGCGAUUCAAGGCCGAUGUGGUCGUCAUCCACGUCGUCCUCACCCGAGACUCCUUCCAAGAAACCCAAUCGCUUCGCAGAUGAGGGAGCCAGAGGCGAAGGUCCCGAUUCUUAAUAUACGUUAAGGUUAUGCUUAUGGAUCUUAGAAGCAGACUGUCUUCCUUCUGCCAAUGCUCGGAGCUCCGUGGGAGCGAUUUUGGUUGGCAAUCGAACAUUGUGGAGGAGAAAACAGAGAACCAAUGCACUGCUGCUAUCGUUUCCUCCUGUUCAUCUUAUCCUCUCGGUUCUCGUCGAUGCAUUGCUCCCCUCAUUGCAUGAAAUACCAAUCGCAACAUUUACGAGCGGCCAUGUAUAUCCUUUUUUUCCCCAUAUCUACCAUGCAUUAACAAACACUGGUCGCUUGUCUGUAUGAGCCCGCCGUAUUCUCUCAGUCAUUCAACAUUCUUCGUCCCAUUCCUGACACGAAGAAAAAGGGAAGUAGAGUCAACAACUACCACAACAGCAUAUACCACUUGUCUGUGUACAUCUCCGGCCAUGCGUAUCGACACUCUUCAGCAUUCAAUGCUCGGCGUUACUCACCGAGAGUCAGCACACUGC